AUGGCUCCAUGGGCUAUACCUCCUUGUCCGUACCCUUCUAAUUCAUGGGUUAGGCCCAAAUUUGGACAACAGCAGCGUCAACAGCCUGGUGUACUUGGGCCCAGACCUCUGCAAGCCUACACCGCAGCACCAACUCCAACAAACAUAAAAGUCGCAAUGCAUACUCUCGGCAUCAGUCCUCCGGAUGCAAAUUGGUACAUGGACACUAGUGCUACUUCUCACAUGACAUCCGCACAAGGUAACUUCACGUCUUAUUUUAAUAUGAGCAACAAACAUGGUAUAAUUGUUAGUAACGGUCAUUCAAUUCCAAUUCAUGGCUAUGGUCACACCAAAUUGUCUUCCCCGUGUCCUCCUUUAACAUUAAACAAUGUCCUUCAUGCUCCUCAACUUGUUAAAAACUUGGUGUUAGUUAGAAAGUUUACAACUCAUAACUCUAUUUCUGUUGAAUUUGAUCCCUUUGGAUUUUCUGUGAAGGAUUUUCAGACGGGGAAGCCUGUAAUGAGGUGUGAGAGUCAGGGCGAGCUUUAUCCCAUCACCAAGCCUACAAAUCCCAUAUACAUUUCUUGUUGUAACACCAUCUCCAUGAUCGUUUGGGUCACCCGGGAGAAUUAA